AAUGCAGGUUAUUGGCAUUCCUCUCCUCAAGAGCUGUCACGCUGACAGCUCGUGAGGAGAGGAGAGCCGGGCACUGAUGAUCAGUGUGUCCUGAUUAUCAGUGUAGCCCCAUCAGUGCCACCUGUCAGCGCCCAUCAAUGCCAUCUGCCAGCGCCCAUCAAUGCCACCUGCCAGUGCCCAUCAGUACCACAUCAAUGCCACUGAUCAGUGCCUACCAAUGCAUAUCAAUGCCACAUAUCAGUGCCCAUCUGAGCUGCAUUUCACUGCUGCCUAUCAGUGCCAGUCAGUGCCGCCUAUCAGUGCCAGUCAUUACUGCCUAUCAG